CUUUACGCGCUGCGGGAUUUCGACGCGUCUGGCCCUUCCCUUGUGUUUUGCUCCGGGAUUUACUCUUGAGUUUCCGCAAAUCGAAUCGAUUUCAUUUCUAGCACUCAUUAGGUAUCCAGCAACUCUAGCCCGAGACUCGCAAUGUCCGAUUACGAGGACGACAUGGACGUGGACGCUCCGUCCAAAAACGCGAUCCAGUUCAGCUCCGAUAACACCAAUUCUAAAUCCAAAAGACCCGCGGCAGAUCUACCAAUUGAGGCUCAAGACAACCUUCCCUGGGUCGAAAAAUACCGACCGAAUACUCUCGACGAUGUCUCCGGACACCAGGACAUUCUAGCCACAAUCAACAAAUUCGUCGAAGCCAAUCGUCUCCCCCAUCUCCUUCUCUAUGGCCCUCCUGGUACGGGCAAAACAUCCACUAUCCUCGCGCUGGCCAGGCGGAUAUAUGGCAGCAAGAACAUGCGACAGAUGGUUUUAGAGCUGAAUGCCAGUGAUGACCGUGGUAUUGAUGUGGUCCGUGAGCAGAUCAAGACGUUUGCCAGCACCAAGCAGAUUUUCUCCAUGGCUCCCGCAGCUGCCUCCGGUGGCUCCUCGCUCGCAUCUUUCAAACUCAUUAUUCUUGAUGAAGCCGAUGCUAUGACGGCAACUGCACAGAUGGCACUUCGCCGGAUUAUGGAGCGGUACACCGCCAACACGCGAUUCUGCAUCAUCGCCAACUAUACGCACAAACUUUCCCCGGCUCUCCUUUCGCGUUGUACCCGAUUCCGAUUCAGUCCGUUGAAAGAGCGGGAUAUCCGAGUCUUGGUGGAUCAGGUGAUUGAGAAGGAGCAGAUCAGCAUUCAGCCCGAAGCAGUAGACAGCCUGGUCAAGCUGAGCAAGGGUGACAUGCGACGUGCCUUGAACGUCCUUCAGGCUUGCCAUGCGAGCAGUAUACCCCUUCCCAUGAAGGACGCCCCUCAAGACCAGCCCCGUCCAGAGCCAGAGACGAUUACGAAUGAAACGAUUUACGACUGCAUUGCCGCGCCCCAUCCCUCUGAUAUCGAAGAGAUCAUGCGAACACUUCUUAACACGAGUGAUAUUACCUCAUGUCUCAACACGAUUAAUACGAUUAAGACCAAUAAGGGUCUAGCUCUGGCGGACAUCCUGUCUGCGUUGGGCGACCAGCUGCAACGGGUAGAAGUCCCCGCACAAACCAGGAUUACCUGGCUGGAAGGGCUAGCGGAGAUAGAAUGGAGGCUGGCGGGAGGAGGUUCCGAGACGAUGCAGACAGGCGGAUUGGUGGGUGUUGUACGAAACGGCUGUGAGCUGAUGGACCGGUAGUCACUCUUGCAGCAUCAUAAGAAGAAUUUAUGAUCAAAUCAU